AUGGCUCCGGUACGGUCGCGUUUGACGUUGAAAAAUAAAAUCGACAUAAUAAAAUGUUAUGAUGCAAAAAAACAAAGUGUUCGUGAAUUAGCGACUCAAUUUAAAGUUGGUAAAACUCAAAUUGGAACCAUACUCAAGUCCCGGGUAGAUCUAUUGCGUAAAUGGUGUGAUGAAAACGUGAAUGGAGAGACAAAAAAGAAUUUUAUUGAAGGUAAGGGCUUUGAAAUAGACCAUCCAAAAGCGUUAGAAAUUGCUAAAACUUUGGGUAGAACUAAUUUUAAAGCGUCUAAUGGAUGGCUCGAAAAAUUUCGCAAACGUCACAAUAUUGCUUAUAAAGCUAUCUGUGGAGAAAGUAGUUCCGUUGACCAUGAUAUUGUAAUUAAUAUUGUAACUAAUAAUAAAUUAGUCGAAAUAUGUGAAGGAUUUGUUCCAAAAAAUAUUUUUAAUUUAGAUGAAACUGGCUUAUUUUUUCGUGCUUUACCCAAUAAAACAAUGUGUAUCAAAGGUGAGAACUGCAGUGGUGGAAAAAUAAGUAAAGAACGAAUUACAGUUAUGUUGUGUGUUAAUAUGGAAGGCGAUUUUGAAACACCUUUGGUGAUUGAAAAGGCGUUAAAACCCCGGUGUUUUAAGAACAUAAUCGUCAACGAUCUUGGAGUAACGUGGAAGGCUAAUCGUAAAGCUUGGAUGACACAAGAAUUAAUGAAAGAAUGGUUAUCAAAUUUCGAUAGAAAAAUGCAAGGCCGGAAGGUUAUCCUUUUUCUUGAUAAUGCGACUAGUCAUCCUCAUUUGAAUUUACAGAAUGUGAAACUCGCAUUCUUUCCACCAAAUGUAACUUCAACUUGCCAACCUCUUGACCUAGGCAUUAUAAAAAAUUUCAAAACUCAUUACCGCAUAAAUCUUUUAAAACACGUAAUUUCGUCUAUAGAUAACGAAAAUAUAAAAAAACCAAAUGUGACAGUUCUUGAGGCAGUUAUGUGGACUACAGCAGCUUUAAAAAAAAAUAAACAAGGAAACGAGGAUCUGAGUAACGAGUUAACGAAACUAGUUUCAACAAUAUAUCCAACAAAUGCACAGGACUAUUCGUCAAUAGAUGAAUGCUUACAAACCGAAGACUUAUCAUUGAACAUUGAAGACAUAAUCAAUGAUGGCAUGAGUGAGGAUGAAAGUCAUGACGUGGAACAAGAAGAAGAUAGUACAGACGAUGUAGACGAAGAAAAAAUAACACUCAAAGAAGCAUUACAGUUAGCGAAUAAACUGAAGACGUUUUGUCUCAAUAAGAGUGAUGCAGUUUCAUUGUCACUAGUUAAUCAACUCCAGUCUAAUUUUGAGGCAAUUGCAAUACAAGAAAAAAAACAAACUAAAAUUUCAGAUUUUUUUUUUCAAUAA